AUGAUUCGCACAAGAGGUAUUAAAACUUUCUACGUUCGGGAAAGACGCCACUUGCUGCGGAGAUGUUGCCGGACAGGCUGCACGCUGCAGUCCCGCCUUAUUGUGCUAAUAGUGAUAGCUGCGGUUUGCUACAUUGGUGUUUAUAUGUCACUGCAGAGACCUGGGGGACAAAAGAGGAAGGUUGUAAACAGACAUGUGACGUCAUACCACAGACACGUGGACACAAUGGCGUGGGCCAAGCCCAAUGUGACGACAGAAAUGUAUGUGCUGUCUGCAUAUUAUGACGACAGACCAACACUCGACCCCAGGGCAAGACCAGUUGUUCGUAUAAUCACCAUAGCAGACAAGGAACAAAUAGAAGGCAGAGGACAAAAGAAAAUGAUGUGUGUGAUUUGGGUUGGCAACUCCAAAUGGACGCCUAUCAGAAUGACCUACUCUCCCACAGGGUCGGGAGGAUGGUACUUUCGGGAGUAUAUUUUCGUGUGCGACCUUGGAAAAUUAUCCUCAACGAUUAAACCGCGUUUUCUAUCUAUAAUUGACGAAUCUCCGGACAAUGUGUACCCUAAUGUAAAGAGUUUGUACAAGAUACCUAUCAAAUAUCCGCACAGACCUAAGAAGAAGCUAGAGUUUGGUGCUUGUAUUGGGUUGACGUAUGGCACCAUUGAUCCUCUUCGCCUGGUGGAGUGGGUAGAACUCAACAGAAUCUGGGGGGUCGAAGAGAUCAAUAUUUACGGCAGCAUUGUCAAUAAAACCACACAAAAUGUCUUCAUGCAUUAUCACAACCAGAAUAUUUUGAUAUAUAACAAUGUUUUCCGGAUUUUUAAUGAAACCGAGGAGUUUAUGUUGCAGUUAAUGUCCGCGCCAACUCUUAAUGACUGCAUGUACAAAAACAUGUACCGCUAUAAACACAUUGUGGUGAUUGAUCUAGACGAGGUGAUUGUUCCACGGGGAAAUCUCACCAGUUAUACCGAGCUCUUAGAUGCAAUUGACGCUGCCAUUAAGAGGAAACACCGACAUCGAAUGUAUCACUUUAGUAACGUGUACUUUUUUUCCGAGCUUCCGCAGGACAAUUCCAUGCCGAGUCAUCUCACAACGCUGCGUCAGGUAGGACGCCUGAGGCUUCCCUCUCUGCAGGGGGUGUCCACAAAAACCAUCAUAGACCCUUUAACGUGUACUAAUUUACACAAUCACUAUUGUUGGAAACUGACAGAACUAGGCGAUGCGGAAACGGAGUCGCUUCAUGUACCGAAAGAUUUUGCACUCAACCAACAUUACAAAAGAUGCCAUUUUGAUAAAGUUUUGAAUGUUUACCGUUCUCUGAAGCCGUGUAAAGAAGCACUGAAGGAUUACGCUAUAGAUACAAGUGUUCACAGGUUUAAGGAUGUGCUGGUAUCGCGCGUGCAGAAGGAGCUGGAUAAACUGGGAAUACGAACGCUGAAAUAA